GCAAAGUGCAUUCACCCCUUGCCUGCUGCUGCCUUCCACCACGGAGCAGACUGGGGAGAGCAGGCGUGCACAGCACUGGCAUUUGGGUGUUUUGAAGGCUGAAAAAAAAGCAUAAAACCCCCAGCUUUCACCAUGAAGAGCUCCAGGAGUGUCUUCUGCCUUCUCUUCUUCCAUGCUGCUGCCAGCCUGGAACGUGUCCGGUGGUGCACGGUGUCCCAGCAGGAGCUGUCCAAGUGCAGGGACAUGAGCGCGGCCUUUGCCGGGGCUGCCAUCCUUCCGCCGCUGCUGUGCGUGGAGGGCGAGUCGGCCGCUGACUGCACGCGCAUGGUCGAGGAUGAUUUGGCAGAUGCAGUGACACUGGGUGGUCUUUCAAUUUACCAAGCUGGAAAGGAGCAUGGGCUGAAACCUGUGGUUGGGGAAGUGUAUGACCAAGAGAUUGGAACUUCCUACUACGCCGUGGCCGUUGUAAGGAAGAGCUCCAACAUCACCAUCGGCAGCCUGCGGGGUGUCCGCUCGUGCCACACGGGCAUCAACAGGACGGCAGGCUGGAACGUGCCCGUGGGUUAUCUCAUGGACAGCGGGCACCUGGCGGCAGUGGGAUGUGACCUGCCCAAAGCUGUUAGUGAGUAUUUCAGUGCAAGUUGCGUUCCUGGAGCAAAGAACACAAAUUACACGGAAUCCCUCUGUCAGCUCUGUAAGGGGGAUGCGUCUGGGCAGAACAUUUGUGAAGCAAAUGCGCAGGAGCAAUACUAUGACUACAGUGGGGCUUUCAGGUGCCUGGCUGAGGGUGCGGGAGAAGUUGCCUUCGUGAAGCACAGCACCGUGCCUGACAACACGGACGGAAAAGCCUCUUCUCCGUGGGCUCAGAAGCUUCGCUCCAGUGACUUCCAGCUUCUGUGCCGCAAUGGCAGCACAGCUGAUGUGACUGAGUGGAGAACCUGCCACCUGGCCCGAGUCCCAGCGCGCGCCGUGGUUGUGCGGCCAGACACAGAUGGCACCGUUAUCUUUGAGCUCCUGAACCAGGGACAACAAAGAUUUAGUGGUACAGAUGCCGAGUUUCAGCUGUUUGACUCAGCAGCCUACGGUGCCCAGAAUCUUCUGUUCCGAGACGCCACCACCGAGCUCGUUGAGAUCACGGCUCAGAGUUACCAGGCUUGGCUGGGGGAUGAGUAUCUUUACGCCAUGCGAGCCCUGAGCUGUGACCCCAGCUCAUUGCCAGAGAGCAUGAACUGGUGUGUUGUAUCCACUGAGGAGAUUUGGAAAUGCAGUGAAAUGGGUGUUGCCUUUCAGAAAAAGAAUUUGAAUCCAUUAAUCCAGUGCUUUUCAGCUGAGACAAAAGAAGAGUGCAUGGAGCUGAUCCAGAAAAAGGAAGUUGAUGCUGUAGCUCUGAGUGGAGCUGAUAUUUAUACAGCUGGGAAGAAAUAUGGCCUUGUACCAGCUGCUGGAGAAAGUUACUCUGCCGAUGACAGCAGCAACACGUACUACGCCGUGGCCCUAGUGAAACGAAAUUCUUCCAAUGCUUUCACCAUCGGUGACCUGAAAGGGAAGAAGUCCUGUCACACGGGGCUGGGCAGAACCGCGGGCUGGAACAUCCCCAUUGGCGUGCUAAUUAAAAGGGGAAUUAUUAGGCCCAGAGACUGUGAUAUUCCUCAAGCUGUGAGUGAGUUUUUCUCCGCUAGCUGUGUUCCUUCUGCUAACCUGGACAAUUACCCAUCAAAACUCUGUCAGCUCUGCAUUGGAGAUGAUAAUGGGAAAAAUAUAUGCAGCGCAAGUAGCCAAGAACGUUAUUAUAGCUACAGCGGAGCCUUCAGGUGCUUGGCAGAGAAUGAUGGGGAUGUGGCCUUUGUGAAACACUCGACAGUAUUUGAGAACACGGAUGGUAAGAAUCCUGACAGUUGGGCCCAGAACUUGAAGUCCAGUGACUUCCAGUUGUUGUGUCUAAACGGUGCCCGUGCUGAAGUCACUCAGUUUGCUGAGUGCCACCUGGGUCAGGUGCCAGCACAGGCCAUUAUGGUACACCCGGACACCAACGUUUUUGCUAUAUACGGACUACUGGACAAAGCUCAGGAAUUUUUUGGAAAUAGCAGCAAUGAAAAUGGAUUCGAAAUGUUUGAUUCUUCAGCUUUUGAAGGAAAAGACUUGAUCUUUAAGGAUUCUGCUGUUGGGAUUGUGCCAGUAAAGGAGAGAAGGACGUAUGCAGAAUGGCUGGGCAGUGAAUACAUCGAGUCCCUUGAAGGGAUGCAAACACCAUCAUGCUCUCGGGCAGGUAAUAAACACCUGUUAGUGGCUACUGGCAUCACCCUCCUGAUAUUCUGUCAAUUGCAAGGGUCGAAUUAG